AUGAUUGCCAAACUAAAGUGGCCCUGGUUGGGUAUAGCUAUCCCAUCCUUCUUGAUAGCAUUUAUUGGUUAUUCGGCUCAUUUUUUCAUCUUUAGGAAUGAUUUCUCGAUGAACAGACAACUAUGGUUUGAGUUCUGCUUGUCCAUGAUUUGGUUGAACUAUUUGCUUGCAAUUAAAGUAAAUCCUGGUUCUCCUCCCAAGUUUUUUGUUCCCGAAAAGCCUCCAAUAGCGUGGAAAAGAUGGUGCAAAAAAUGCAACAAUUAUAAACCCGAAAGGUCCCACCAUUGUCAAUCUUGCAAACAAUGUGUAUUGAAAAUGGAUCAUCAUUGUCCCUGGACUAAUAAUUGUGUUGGAAACAAUAAUUUGGGUCAUUUUAUAAGAUUUUUAUUAUGGGUAGACUAUACUACUUUUUUUGUAUUGGUUCAUUUAAUUAAAAAAGUAAUGUAUUUUUGGAGUCGAAAGAAUUAUCCCUCUUACAUGAUCAACAAAAAAGAAUUGACCUUUACAAUUAUUUUGUUGCCCAUUGAUUCUUUUGUAUUUAUAACUGUAUUUAUUUUAACUUUAAGAUGCUUUUAUUAUACUAUUUUCACAGGAAUGACCCAAAUUGAAUUUUGGGAAUGGGAAAGAAUUGAAUCUCAAAUUAACACAAUUCAAUUUUGGGAAAAGAUCAAAAAAAAUUACCUCUCUGUUUACAAUAAGUCUUUGUCCUUGACGAGUUUAAACUCUUGCUCAAAAAAUAAAAAAAAUAAAAAAAAAUUGAAAAAUAAAAAAAAUAACUUUAUAUCAAAUAUAAAUGAUAUUGAUAACUCUGAUGAUUCUGAUAAUUAUAACCAAGACUUCAAUUAUCAAUUACCGAAUUUCAAAAUUGAUGAUUUUAUUUUCCCUUAUGACAUUAGUCCAUGGCAAAAUUUUGUUCAAGCUUUGAAUUACCCUUGGUUAUUACUAAUUCCAUGGGUUUAUCCCAAAUGUGAUGGUGUGCAUUUCAAAAAAACUGAAGAUCUUGAAGAAGAUCAAAUUGGUUUGCCAUGGCCUCCUGAUGGUAAUAAUCAAGAUAAAAACGAUGAAUUGGUUCGAAACGAUGCUUCUCCAGGUGUAGGGGCUGAAAGAUUUGUAGUAGGGGAACUUUCUGUUAUCUCAAAAUCUAAAGUCAAAAAAAGAGUUCAUUGGAAAAAUGAUUUUGGUGAAGGUUUAAAAGAUUUUGGAGUUGAUAUUGAAGCAGAAGAUGAUUGAUAUUGAUAUUAAUAUUAUUUAUUAAUUUAUUAAUUUAUUAAAUAUUAUAUGUAAUAAAUAUACAUAUAUAACAAAG